AUGGAGUUUUACCGUCCGUUAUUCCGCCUACUGACGUGUUGCUAUCUCGUUCAGCUGGGCACAUCCCUACCGUUUACCUUCCCCGAUGGUAGUAACAGUCGAAGUGUCAAUAGUGACCGGAGUAGGGACCGCACAUCCUCGCCCGAGGUAACGCAAAGCCGCCGGCCGGAGUUCUUCGAGGGUCGAAGUAUCCGAGGCAAUGGUCCUUCUUCGAAUCGAAACCAGCAGUUUCCCGACAUCUACAGCCGCUAUCAGGUGCACGAGGACGAAACGGAUCCACCCGGCGUGCGCCCCACCGUUGGACCGUUCCUAACGAAUCGCCCACCGUCGAUCACACCCCCGCCACAGUACACCACCCGGUCGGAUCGUCCAAAUGCGGCCUACAACCGCCUUCCGCCGUCGAAAAACGAUGAACCGAUUCAGGCUGAACCGACGGCGGACGACGACUACGAGGACGAUGACGAGGACGUCGGUGAGGAAGGGGAGCAGCCCGACAAACCGGUCCCUGUCCCGGCAGCCAUCAGUAGACCCCCGGUCCCGGUGGGAGGCGGUGGGGGAGCCACGUUUAACAAUCUGUUCUACAGCUUCAACGACAAGUUCGGUGGACUGGGAGGGUUGUUCGGGGAGAGCUCGGGGCGGCACAAGUUCAAGUACAAACGGCGAAAGCCGGGCCAACCGUGCAUUCCGUACGAUCUGUUCCACAAGCUCAAGUACGGGCGCGAUCUGCAGGGUAAUGCGGUCGACCCGAAGACGCUCCUGCCGAACCUGAACCUGAUCCUGGCGGACCUCAACUACUACUCACCGAAUAACAACUAUGGCGGAGGUGGAGGGCACUUGAGCGACACCGGCGCUGGUGGAGCGGUGUUCAACAAUCACUACUACGAUGCCGUCGGUGGCUAUCCCUGUCAGGGGGUUUCCUUCGGAGGCGGUGGUGGUGGUGGUGGUCAUGGCGGUCUCUUUGGAGGAUUUCCGCACAAACCCUUCAAGCCGCAUCGUCCACACGGAGGUCCGCUCGGGUUCUUCGGUCAGGGAGGACUGUUCGAUUGGGUUUCAUCAGCAGAUCAGGUGCAGGGCGACGAAGGGGUAGGUGAAGGUGGGGCGGCCACUGGUGGCAACAGACCUGCGGUGGUGUUCAACCUAAACGAUGCUAUCGACACCGUGGCUACCAACUGGAAACCCGGCGAAAGCUUCGAGAUGAUGAUGAAGGUGAUUGCCAACUUUAUCACGCAGGUAGCGGGAGGAGCGGCCGCACCCGUUGCAGAUGUGGCAACCGACGUGGGCAAGAUCAAUCGUGAAUUCUUCAGCCUCUUUGGUUAG